GCAGGUUUCCCUUCACCCUUCGCGAGUUAUGGACACUGCCCAUGGCCGCUUUCAUCUUGAGGCCUCGCCUCCUUCACAUGCACCUCCAGCCAGGGUUUUGAUGCAUUCUCGUCUAGCACCGAGUCUCUGCGGGCCUCGCCCUGUCUGCCUGCUCCUGCCUAUCUCGCUGAGCGGUUAUCAUGACAUCCCACAAGUAUGAUGCUGGCCAUGACGGUUUCAUUGACCUCAUGGAGCUGAAGCUGAUGAUGGAGAAGCUGGGGGCCCCCCAGACCCACCUGGGCCUGAAGAGCAUGAUCAAGGAGGUGGACGAGGACUCCGACGGCAAGCUCAGCUUCCGGGAGUUCCUGCUCAUCUUCCACAAGGCGGCCGCCGGACAGCUGCGGGACGACAGUGGGCUGACGGCGCUGGCGCAGCUCCCCGAGAUCAGCGUGGCCCUGGAGGGCGUGAGAGGUGCCAAGAACUUCUUCGAAGCCAAGGCCCAGGCCCUGUCAUCUGCCAGCAAGUUCGAGGCCGAGCUUAAGGCAGAGCAGGAGGAGCGGAGGCGGGAGGAGGAGGAGAGGAGCCUGCGCCGGGCGGCCUUCCGAGAGCUCAGGGCCGCCUUCAGCAGCUAGUGGCCUGCCGCUGUCCCAGCUGGGCCGGGCCGCCAGCGCCCUCACCCCGCAGCUCACCCCGUCCCGGCUUCCCCCGCCCUCGAGGUGGCCAGGGCUGCUGCACCCCACAGCGCUCCCCUCGGCGACCCCCGCACCGUCUCCCUGGCCCACGUCAGCGGUUCUCUUUGUCCAGAUGCUCUCCGUGGCCCUCAGGGGCCACGCUGCCCUUUUCUAUUCUGUCCUCUCCCGUUCGCUCUUAGGUUGUCUUGGCUGCUUCUAUACCCAGGGCCUGCGACUACGGCCGCCCCAUCUCCAGCUCCAGCGGGGAGUGGACCCAAGUCCCCUGUCCUGCUCCUGGGCCUUAGUGCCCCAAGCCCACCCUCUCCGCUCUUCACCGGCCGGGUCUUCUCCUCUCAGCCCUUUUUCCUCUCCUGACCCUGGUGCUAUUCAGCUCUGAGAAUGAGCGCGCCAUCGGCCGUGACACCAAGCAGAAGGGUCCCGCGAGCACGGACUGGGGCUCACAGCCCUGCCACUGUGCACAUCAGGGUCCCAGAGUCUCCGAAAUCACAGCCUGCUCCAUCGCCAGCCAGCGCCGGCUUCCAGGGGUGGAGGCAGGGACGUUCCCAGCCCAGGAGACACUUUCAUAGCCUAUGAAUUUUGGGUCUUGCUCAGAUACCACGGGUUUAUUGUAUUUUUAAGUUUCCAAUGUCGUUUUUAUCGUUUCCUCUUUGGUAACUGCUGACUUUGCAAUAAAGAAGCCAU